UCUCAUCGGUAUUUUGAAAUUGAAAUAAAUAAAUGGUUCACGUGAAGAGAUUGCGAAAUUACCUUUCCCUACAUAUAGCCGAAGAAAAAGCCAAGAUCAUCUGUGUCAUCGCUGUCUUCAUUCGUCGCUGUUCGACUACAUCAAGUACAAGAAAACAAUGAAAUUCAUAGUAAUAGCUACAUUUCUAUUGUUGGGAUCUGCAUUUGCACAAGAGGAGGAAUCAGAGGGAGUUUCAGUGCUUGUUAACACCGAGUGGCCGCAGAACGAUCACUCGCUUGCUGGAGCUAUCGUAAGCUUGGUAUACGAAGGAUUGGAGGAUGGAAGCUGCAUUGUAAACUUGCCAGAAGCAGUCAACAUGUUCCAUGUAAUGAAUGGCCACAUCAAUGGAGAUUCUAGUCCUGUGGAAGGUCGUUAUAAGAUUUCAGCACCAGCCGGCUGGGAAGCUGCAAACAGCACAUUCAAUGUUUUAAUAAUGUUCAACAGAGACGAAAUAUUCAAUUUGACUGAUAUAGUAUUUACAUGUGACCCAACUGAUGUGGAAGAAAUAAGCGUCUAUUCUUUCCCACAAAAUAACUUGGUGAAGGAAGCGAGUUCUAAUGUAUACUACACAAAUGGAUUUCACGAAGGAGAUGUCUUGACCGUUACGUUCCCAGUUGCAGUCGCUAGAUUCAAUUUUACUACAAUGGACAGCAGAUAUACCGUCACUUCUUCCGACUCAACAACGUUCACACUGAGUGGAUUUCAAAAUGCUGAGGGAGUCGAUGAUAUGAAAGAGGUGAGCUUUAGCAUAGAUUACCUACAAUCAGAAGAUGGCACUUCCAACUGGUUUUCUGCCGGUGAUGUUACUGUUACAAUUACUAGAGAAGACGAGAGCGAAGAAUAACAUUUAGUCAUUUGAGAUUACACAAGAUUGAAUGGGAUGCAUUUAUGUUUAUUCAGAGAUGAUUGAAGUCUACUCUGGUUACACAUAACGACAAUACAUGUUGUUUUACAAUUUAAAAAUGUAUUUUCAAAGACAUGCUUUUCUGUAAUAAAGUACCCGGUUAAUAAAAUAAUAAACUUUUGUUUGCUAAUUUCACUAAA